AUGACGACUGCCACUACGCACCCUGACUUCAGCUUCGCGACAGACGGCCCAACCGUCGCCGCGGCCUUCCCCACAGCCAUCAAGGGCCGCACGAUCCUGAUCACAGGUGUCAAUAGGAAAGGCAUCGGCUACACCACGGCCGAGGCGUUUGCGUCGCAAUCGCCGCGCUGCCUCAUCCUCGCGGGAAGGUCGGUGUCGAAGCUCCAAGAAUGCAUCGACGACCUGAAAUCAACGUAUCCGGAUAUCCCUGUCGACUACCGCACCUUGCAGGUGGAUCUCUCGUCGCAAAGGUCUGUCCGUGCCGCCGGUGCAGAAGUCGUGGGCUGGGUCGAUGUACCGUCGAUCGACAUCGUCAUCAACAACGCCGGCAUCAUGAACAUCCCCACGCGCACCAUCACUGAGGACGGUGUGGAAAUCACCAUGGCAACGAACCACGUGGGCCACUUCCUGCUCACCAACUUGAUCAUGCCAAAGAUCCUCGCCGCCGCCGCCAAGUCGCCCCGCGGGUCGGUGCGUAUUGUCAACCUGGCGAGCAUGGGCAUCAACGUCGGCGGCGUGCGCUUCAGCGAUAUGGGUUACCAGAAACCCGUGACAGAGCUGCCGGAUGAGGAGAAGCCCAACAUCGCCAUGAUGAAGGCCUUCAAUCUCCCCGUGGACGAGACCAUGGCCUAUAUCCCCACCGCAGCGUACGGAGCUAGCAAGACGGCCGCGGUGCUGUUCAGCGUGGGCCUCAAUGACAAACUGUACGACAAACACGGCAUCCUCAGCGUCGCCGUGAACCCGGGAGAAAUCCAGACCGAGCUGAGCCGAUACACGGACCCGGCGAUGCUGGACACCAUGCUCGACGCCGCCAAGAAGCACGGACUAGUCUGGAAGACCCAACAGCAAGGCAGCAGUACGACACUUGUGGCGGCCGUGGACGACAAGUUGAGCGUACCGGGAGACGAUGGCCACGGCGUGUUCCUGAGCGAUUGUCAGUUCAAGGCUGCGCCGGCGUAUGCGGUCAAGAAGGAGUUCGCGACCGAGUUAUGGGAGGUGAGUGAAGGGUUGACGGGGGAGAAGUUCUCUUGGUAG